AUGGGUUUUGGUGAACUGGGGCUAUUUUUCCCUGGAAUAUUUUUGAUCCUGAUUUUUCAGUUUUCUUUUCCUGAAUAUCAGCUUGGAGAACAUCCUUGUUACUUAAAAAGAGAUUACAGCCAUACGUAUAGAAAGGAAGGAGACAUAGUGAUAGGGGCCUUCCUCUCACUGUUUCUGAAGACAGAAAUGGAAAUUGACAAGGAAUCUUUCAAAUGUUCUGCAAACGGGAAAUAUGCAAAUACAAAGGUCAUGCUCAAACAUUACCAACAUUUUCUCACUGUCCAAUUUGCUGUGGAUCAGAUCAACAAGGACCCCCAUUUGCUGCCCAACGUGACUCUGGGAUAUCAGUUGCUCAAUAACUUCCAUCAUAAUCAAUUGGCUGUGGAGAGCUCUUUGAUAUGGUUGUCAGGGAAGGGUCCAACCAUCCCUAACUAUAGCUGUGACAGGCAGCAGAAAUCAGUGGCUGUCAUUGGGGGGAUGUCAUCUACACUGUCCAUGGCCAUGGCCACUUUGUUAGGACUAUAUAAAGUCCCACAGCUCAGCUAUGGCUCAUUUGAUCUUCUCCUGUCUGAUGAGGUCGAGUAUCCAUAUGUCUAUCAAAUGGGCAGCAGGGAAUCCACUCUGCACCAGGCAGCAGUCCAACUGAUGCUACAUUUUGGCUGGACUUGGUUGGGUUUGGUUAUUUCAGAUGACAUGAGAGGAGAACAAUUCUUCAGGAAUCUGAAAGAGGAGAUGGACAGGAAUGGUAUGUGUCUGGCUUUUACUGAAAGAAUUCCUCAAAACUUUAACCAAGGAAAUGAAUACUUCAAACUCAUGUCUAGAAUCCUUGGGUCCUCAUCCAAUGUGAUUUUCAUCUAUGGAAAUACUGACUCCCUUAAUGAACUUUCUGAAUUAUUGAUUUAUUUUGCAUUGUAUGGGAAGAUGUUGGUGAUGACUUCUUCCUGGGAUUUUUCUGCAGAUUCUAAUAAUGAAAUGAUGAGCAAUUUUCAUGGUACAUUGAUAUUUUCUCAAUUUGAGAGGGAGAUUCCAGGUUUCAAAGAUUUUCUAAGAAGUGUGCAUCCUCGUGCAAACCCUGAGGACAUUUUCCUGAAGUCUUUCUGGGAGGUGGUCUUUAAUUGUAUACUUUCAGAAAUAAGUCCGGUAGAUAUGGUGUAUUGGUCAUGCCCUGAAAGUUUAUCCUUUGCAAAAGUACCACCUCUUUAUUUGGACAACAUUAUAAUGGAAAAGAGUUCUAAUAUCUACAAUGGAGUUUAUUUAUUGGCUCAUGCUCUCCACCAAAUGCUUCAGACUGAGGCAAAUGAUCUAUCAGAACCUGCAGCAAACCCACUUAUUUCUUGGAAGCUCCACAACUUCCUGAAGUGUGUUAAUCCUGUCAAUGAGAUCAAAGAUGAGUUAUGUGGGGAUGGAACCUCGAUGACUGCUGAGACAUAUGAUAUCCUGAAUUUUAAAUCAUUACCUGGUUAUUAUUGGACUCAGGUGAAAGUUGGAGAAGUGAUUCCUCAUAAAAAAGAGUUAAGCAUUAAUGAAGAGGACAUAGAUUGGCCAGAAGAUUUCCCUCAGAUUCCAAGUUCUACAUGCAGUGUGACCUGUGGCCCUGGCUUCAGGAAACAAUCUCUUGAAGGUCAGCCCAUCUGCUGCUUUGAAUGUACCCUAUGUCCUGAUGGGAAGAUUUCCAAUAAAACAAAUGCAGAACAAUGUAUACAAUGUCCUGAUGAUCAGUAUCCAAGUGAGGAGAAAGAUAGAUGCUUGCUUAAGACAGUGACUUAUCUGGCUUAUGAAGAGACUCUGGGAAUGAUUCUGGCCUCUGCAGCUCUCUGCUUCUCCAUUCUCACAACCUUUGUCCUUGGAGUGUUUGUGAUGCACAGAGACACCCCCAUAGUUAAAGCCAAUAAUCGCAGUCUUAGCUACAUUCUGCUCACCUCUCUCACCCUUUGUUUCCUUUCUUCCUUACUCUUCAUUGGACAUCCAACCCCAGCCAUCUGCCUCUUAAGACAAACCACAUUUGCCAUUGUGUUCACAGUGGCUAUUGCUUCCAUCUUAGCCAAAACCAUCACUGUGGUUCUGGCCUUUAGGGCCACUAAGCCAGGUAGCAAGCUCAGGAGGUGGUUGGGAGCAUCAGUAUCUUAUUUCCUCAUUUUUAUUUGUACCCUUAUCCAGAUGUGCCUCUGUGGCAUCUGGCUGGGAACAUAUCCCCCAUUCCUUGAGAUGGAUCCAUACUCUGAGGCUUCCUUCAUUGUCAUUCAGUGUAAUGAGGGCUCACUUGUUUCCUUCUACUGUGUUCUUGGCUACAUGGGCUUCCUGGCCUUGGUUAGCUUUACAUUGGCUUUCCUGGCCAGGAAUCUACCAGAUACUUUCAAUGAAGCCAAGCACCUGACAUUCAGCAUGCUGGUGUUUUGCAGUGUCUGGAUUUCCUUCUUGCCCACAUAUCAGAGCACCAAAGGGAAGGCCAUGGUGGCCAUGGAGAUCUUUUCCAUCCUGGUCUCCAGUGCUGGGAUUCUCACCUGUAUCUUUGUUCCCAAAUGCUAUGUGAUCCUCCUGAGGGCAGACAGAAAUACCCUGGAGAAAUGGAAAAACAAAGCUAAUGUCUAA